AUGAUGCUGAGAAGAUGUGGACCACAGUCAGUGAGGAAGGUCACUGUGGUGAUGUUGGUGAUUCUGGGGAUGGGAGUGGAUACAGCACCGACAGACAGAGAUUUUCCAUUCAGCCGCACCCAUGCAUCAACUGCACCAGAGAAGUCUUCAGCUCUAAACCUGAGCCACUAUCUAAAGGAGUGGCUUGUGAGUACCAAAGCAGCCGGAGUGGAUGGGACGUCAAGAACCACCACUAGGACAUUCACCUCACAUGGCACACGAGCGGUGAGACCAAAGAACAACCACGACACAGCCGGUCCAGGUAAACAAGCCCACAUGCUGAAGAUGAUUUCAGCCCUGGAGGAGCUGAACAGGACGUUGAACAGCACGCUCAGUUCACGAAUCACCAUCAUACCUAGAGCAAAUGGCCGAAAUGGAGGAAGAAAGCAUAAAGGGGUAAAGGUGCCCCCUUCUAAUGGAGGGGACAGAACAACCACUGCAAUUCCUGCAGUUGCUAACAGCACAGAGCCCAGAGUUAGCACAGAUGCCAUCGGCCCCAGUUUGACUGGUCGCAACUUCAAGAAGUCCGUCCCACCGCAGAACAGAAAGCCAAACAAAAGAGGUAAAGGCGACACGUCAUCUGUUGCUAUUCUUUAAUUUUCUUGGUGUCCACUUUCCCCAAAGAAAAGCCACUUGCACGUUUUUAACAAAGUUCUUCUUUUUUGUGUCUUUAACAGUGUGUUUCUGGAAGUACUGCUCCCAGAACUGAUCACCAACCAGGCAUUGGUUCCUAUCAUCAACACCUACAUCCUUAUGUACAUUAACUCCCUGCAUCCCUGCAGGCAGUGCUGGCUGUAGUUAUCGUUGACCUGUUCCCUGACUUAUUUCAGCCUGAAUAACUUGAUUAUUUUAAAUAGUUCUGAAUCCUCAAAAAACAACAAAACGUACAUGUUUAACUUUGAAGGAAUUUACUAGUAAUUAACCAAUCGAUAUAAGAGACUUUAAAGCUCUUAGUUACUGAAGGUCAGCCAUAGUAAUAAAGAGGCCAUCUGGCUAAACACCAAAGUACAGAGCUUUGUUCUCUAGCGCACCUUUAGAGCAACAGAUUGUUUUUAUAAACCAUGGAUUUUAAACUUUCCACUCUUAGCCCCACUUCAAAUAAUUUUGAAUUACUUAGCUACAACUCCAACUUCAUUUUAUUAAGAAAUUAUUUGUUUUACAAGCUGAGGUUCCAAGGCUAAGUUAAGCUAAUCCUGCUAACCUAUCCUUUGAUUUGCAUUGGCAUCACCUGCUGGGUCUUUUUGACUCAAAAACCAUUUAAAGUAUUUUAUUAAAUGAUUUAAAUGUGACAAGGGGCGGCAUCCCUGCUGAUAAAAUUAGUAUUUAGGCAUUGACUUGAAUUAUAGUCUUUUUAAAAUGUUUUACAGUAACUCUGUCCACAGCUUGCACAAACACAAAUGCUCUUCAACUGAGGCGAAGGUUUUACAUUUUACUGUCAUGAUGCUGUGGCUUUCUGAAUAGGUCUGAAUAGGACAUUGUAGUCAGUAUUAGUUUUUGUUCUGUGCCCAUAUUCAUCCAUUCUUCCAAUCACACCCUGGGCUUUUCUGCUUCCAUUCGUCUCAUCUUUGACUUCUGUGUAAAACUAGACUGUUACCACGGUGCAACAGCCGUGCGCACACUGCCUCGGGCACCAGCCUUAACUCCGUCCAUUUCAUUUAUUCAUCAUUUAAUAAAAACUGACGAUGUGUGCGCGUGCCAGCACAUGAAAAACCCCUCUUUUCUAACCCCUCCCCACUCCCUUUGAGACCGACACACGUUGUUUCUGUAUGUGUGUAAACAAACUUGCAAAUAAAGUUCAUUUUGAUAAUGGCAAGAAAAGAAAACCAGACUGUUUUGACAAUAAAGAAUGAUAAUUUA